CAGCAGCAUGCCACAUGAGGUGUCACUGGAUCCCCAGUCGAGCAGAUAGUGAGCGACAAUGAGUAUGGUGCAGGAGACGGCCACAUGGAAAAACAAAGCCGUCUCUAAAGUCAGUGACAUGUCCAGGGGUGGCAAUAGAACAGAUAAGGGCGAUGACAAGGUGGACCUGUGUGGCCGGGGGAGUUGGUGGCUGGGAACACUGAAAGACACACCCAUUCCAGGUGUCUAUCACGUUCGUGACUUCAUCGAAGAAGCUGAACUGAACCCAGUGAGGAAGACCUAUGGUUUCAAAGGUGUGGGGAGAAAAGCCCACACUCAGGGUGUACGUAAGGGAGAUUUGCUUCUACCUGGGGCGUAUGACUACACUGACUCCAUCCAAGAGCUCCUGAAGCACCGGGCAUCCUACUCUUUCAAAAACUGUCCACGGCCCGACAUCAUCACCCUGGGCAUCAGGGACAAGCAUAUAAACACUUCACCGUGCGACUACGAUGUGACAGCGAAACCAGUGGAGAAGAUUCCCUGCAAGCAUGUGAUGUUUCGGUCGAGCGUGCAGCGGAUCAGCUUUCCUCCUAAGCAAGGACCUGCUCCAGGCCACUAUAACCCACAGACCAGACCAGGAAAAGGCAUCACUUCCUGCUUCAAAUCCACAUUGCCACGGCUCCACUGUGUGCACUCCAAGACCCCAGGACCAGGGGCCUACGAACCUUGCUGGAAGUUGGGCGACCGUCUGAACACAGAAGCCAUAGACCCAUCAUUCAGCCUCUUCUUCCGCAACAUUCUCUAGUGUGGACUUUAAUUCCGGCUAUGUCUUGAUCCCACCAUCACCUCCUCAUCCUGUCAGCUUGGUGGCAGACCACACAUGACGGCUGUUUAUGUAAUAACAGUAAAAUAAGGAAUGCA